AUGUCCACUACGCUCCCUCUCUUCUGGGAUCUGUCCUCCAAUUCCAAAAAGGAUCGUCUGGAUGCCUCUGUCAAGCUCGUUUCCUCUCUAGAGCGGUUCCAGGCUUCCCACGUCGCCAAGGCACCGUCGGACGCCUCUGAUGAAGAUGAAGACGGCGAAGACGUCCAGAACAACAAUGAACUCGAUGCCUUAAACGCAGAGGAUGUGACUUACUCGAUAAGGAGGCUUAUUCGCGGCUUGGCGAGUCCUCGUGAAAGUAGUAGAUUGGGUUUUGCUGUUACAUUGACCGAGCUAUUAUCCAUGCUGGAUACUGUGACAUGCUCACAGAUCGUCAAACUUAUUGUGGAUGCGUCUAAAACACAGGGAUCAAUGACUGGUCAGGAGGAGCGGGACGUCCUCUUUGCGCGACUCUUUGGUCUCACAACCGUCAUUCAGUCUGGGUUGCUCGUGCGCGACACAUUAUUGCCAUCAUCACCAUCAUCGACUACGCAUGCCUCUAGUCUGGACAGCUGCAAGGAGGUCGUCGAUCUCCUUGUCGCCCUCGGAAAGAAGAAAUCCUGGCUCAGGGAGAGUGCAUGGUGGACGUUAGGGCUGACAGUCGAUGUCUUGAGAGCCUCAUCCCUUUCGUGGAAGGAGGAUGCGCUGGAUCACAUCAUCCAAGCCGUGUUUGAAGAGCAGGACUGGACACCUGACAAGGUCGCGGUCACUCUCAAGCUCCAGUCUGCACGCCCGCAAUACAGCUGGAACAAGAGACUUGCACCCAAGUUCAAGGAUCCUGAUUUGCUUUCAACCAGUAACCUUGUGGCACUAGGUCGUGUUCUCAAGACUACCUGUAUACAGGAAGCUGGCGAUGACUCAAGCGAGAAGGCUACAAGUGCUGGGGCGUGGAAACCACAACUUCACUUUGUUUGGAAUGUCAUACUGGAUCGCCUUCUUCCACCUUCAGAUGACCAAGAGCCUCAAGGGUCUGUACAAGAAUUCUUCAGAGUUGUCGUGGAUGAAUCUCUGUUUUCCACCACCUCUUCCGCCGAGCGUAAAUAUUCCGGCUUUCAAGUGUUCUCUAAAGCUCUUCCCAGGGUCAAACCAGAAGGUCUUCCUAUGCUGUUCACCACCAACUUCAUGCGCACGUGGAUAAAUCAUCUCUCAAAUAAUGACCGUCACCUUCACAAAAUUGCCAUCGAUGUCGCCAAAGACAUUCAGGCCUAUGUACAAAAGAAUCCAACAAUGGGGAUGUCGCUCAUCCUUCAGCUAACGGGUGUCAAUGGCAACCGCCAGUUUGACAAGCUGACUCGGACGAAGACUGUGGAGUCUAUCCUAUCCUCCAUGGACAACGAUGGCAUCCAGAAAUACAUCGAUUUCUUGCUUGCCCAAGUGAACGAUCCAGACGAGCAGGACUUCACUGUCGUCAACGCCAAACGAGCCUGGAUAUGUGACCAGUUUGCGAACCUCAUUCGCAAUGGAGCUAUACCGAAAAGCGACGACUGGGUCCAGCUGGUGCUCGACUGGUUUACUGUUCAUGGUUUGUUUGCUAUCAAGAAGAAGACGUCGCAUAGUCCUGUCAAGGCCCUUCAAUCAUUGCCUUCCCCUGCCUUUUCAGAUGAACUCCGUCAGACGUGUCGCCAACGCUUGCUUACCUGUCUGGCGGAGCUGACCAACCAAGUCACUGUGAUCAAAACAGAUGACAAGGCUCAAAAGCGAACAGGCGUUGCGUCUGACGGCGAGUUCUGGGUUGCCAAAGUCGUCAGUGCCGUUCGGACCCUGCAAAAUGACAGCAAGCAUGCUACCAUUUUGCAAGAAGUGGAUGAGGAGGACGUAAAUUUGCGGGAGAAGGCUUUCCAGGCCAUAGAGAGGUUACAAAAGGCCUGUUUUCCCAUACUGCAAACUCGAGCUAUAAUCGAGGACGACACUGCAAAAGGUGCUGAGCUGCUGUUGUCGGCUUCUCUUCUGGACCACUACUGCUCAGAGGAUGAGGAAGCCCAGGCAGAUACCAUUCAGACGUGUCUGGAUGCAAUAUCAAGAAUGUUCCCCGAAUCCAAAAAGAAGAAGACCAGGAAGUCAAAGGGUGCCGAGGACGAAAACCAGCCUGAGCCCAUUGACGUUCUCGUAGACACUCUCAUCGGUUUCUUGGAGAAGUCUACCGCUUAUUUCAGAAGCGUCUCUAACCAAGUCUUUGCGUCGCUAUGUGGUGCGGUCCAGGAAAGUACCAUUGACUUAAUCCUUGAACAACUUGAGCGUCGUGACCCUCAAGAACUUGCUGCCGAUGAGGGCGAGGACGAGGAUGUAGACGAGGAUAUGGAUGAUGAAGACGAGGGUGAUGAGGAGGCUGAAUCUGAUGUUAGUGAUGAGGACGAAGAUGAAGAUGAAGACGACAGCGAAGGAGGAAGCGAUGAUGAAGCUGCUCAAGAGCUUCGGAGAAAGAUUGAAGAGGCUUUGAAGGUCAAUGGGAUAGGAGCCGCAGAGGGCGACUCGGACGAAUCUGAGGAAGAGCUUAUGGAUGAUGACCAGAUGAUGGCCAUUGACGGCCACCUUGCCGAGAUAUUCCGCUCGCAAACUGGCGACAAGAAGGCUGGGAAAGCUGUCGACCUCCAACGAGAAGCAACUCACUUCAAGAACAGGGUGUUGGACCUAGUUGACACAUUCAUCAAGAAGAACCCUAGCAGUCCACACAACAUUCGCAUUGUCCUGCCUCUGGUCGAGCUUGCGACUAAAAGCGGUUCAGACGAACGACAACUAUCUGACAAGGCCACAGGGUUGCUGAAGUCACAUCUGGCAAAGUCUAAAGACGUUCCAUCAGUCAUCGAUGCGGAGAAAACCACGACCAUCUUCAAAGAACUUCACGAGCGGGCCCGUAGGGUACCCGGCUCGGACGCGCUAUCCGUUCUGAGCCAGUGUAGCUUAUACAUAUCUCGUGUUCUCCAGAACGGAGGACAGGAGCAAGCGAUCGUCGAUCUCUAUCAAGAAUCCCUCCUGGAUUUCACUUCUCGCAAGGCCUCUCGUCUCAAUUUCAACUUCUUCCAAGAUUACAUUCGUCGCUUCGCUUCCCUGGCUUGGCAGUCAAGAAGCACUUUUUUGAGUGGCAUCGAGAAGGCGGUAAACGCGUAUCGAAAAUGCCAGACUUUCCAGCUUCUACAGACCCUGCUGUCUCAGCAAUAUGUGGUGGCCGAGAAGGAACAGUUCCUCAGUUUCAUGCCAGCUCUCCGAGACACUAUCUAUGAAACUAUAGUGGCAGCCUGCAAGAGCGACAAGGACUUUACCGCGGCCCAGAUCAAGGACAUCCUGAAAUUAGGACUCCAGGCCAUCCGUCAAACCCGCAAGGUCGACAGCUCGAAAUGUACAAAAAUAUGGAAACCGAGCUUAUGGGAAGAACUCCACCAAAAUCUUGCUAGCUCGGAGCGCUUCAAGACUUCUACGAACUUGCUGUCGAUGUGCAAGCAGAUGCAGCAGACUGCUAAAGUUUCAGAGACGGCGGCAUCAAAGAAGGCUAAGAAGGCUCAGGUGAAUGGUGAAGAGGGCAAGCCUGCAAAACGGAAGGUCGACCAAACAAUCGAUAGUGAAGUCGUGAAUAGUCCGAAACCCAAGCGUAAAAAACAAAAGAAUUAA